AUGGAGGUGCUACAGUGCGAUGGCUGUGACUUCCGUGCUGAGUCAUAUGACGACCUCAAAGCCCACAUCCAGGAUGUCCACACAGCCUUCCUGCAGCCCACGGAUGUCGGAGACGGAGAGAGGGGCGGGAGUCCCUGCCAGUCCAGGUCAGACUCUCUGAACUCCCCCAGCCACUCAGAGGAGGAGGAGAAUGAAUCUCCACAAACUGAAACGGGUAAGGGCACUGCAUUGACUGUGUUGUGCAUGGACAAAUUAUUAUGAUUAAGGUUUUGAUUAGUCAUCAUUAUUAUUAAUGAUAUAGAUAUAAUAUGUAUAGGUAACACUUAUACUUUACGUACAUAUUUUAUAUCAAGAUGUAUAUAAUUAUUCAAGGAAAGAUUGAUACAAGUUUUACACUGGUCUCUUUUUUUCCUCUUUCUUUCCCACAGGCCACUGCUUCGAAACAGACUUUUCCAGCUCGAACCAAAUGCCAUACAACAAGUCAUCAAACCAGCCCAACAAAACCGCCAACCAGUUAUUCCAGUGCAAGAUCUGUGUCCGUUACUUUAGAUCCAAAUCUCUCUUGAGUGAACACACCAAGAAGGUACAUGGAGCCACACUAAGUGGUGGGAGCUCACCAGCCUCCCAGGCGUCCAAACAGUCCAACUACAACAUCCUUAUCCAUGAUAGUCUUGGGAAAGUGUUCUCCUGCCAGUAUUGUACAUACAAGUCUCCACGUAAAGCCAGGAUCCUGAAACACCAAAAGAUGUAUCAUAAAGGGAACCUUAAUCUGGACCCCCCAGAAUCUCCGUCUGAGGCUGUUGAAGAAUCUGAGGCAUUGUCGUCCGAGGAACCCAGUGAGGAAUCCAGUGUGGAACGUGGCAUCUUGGAGUCCAUGGUUAAACCUCUGGGGAAGUCCAGGGGGAACCAGGCUCUUCGCGGGGAAUGGUGUGAUAACAUGAUGAAAAAUCACAGCAACAUGGUGAAAACGAUCUCAACCAUCCACCCAGGUGGAGAAGGAGAGGGAAGCGCAGUCUCUUCUAAAUCUGAUUCCCCCUCUUCCCCAAGAAGCCCUCCUAACUCCAAUAUGGUUUCCAAUGACCAGAGUGUUAAUGAAGGCUCCUCAGUAGCCAACUCGUCAGUUUUCCAGCUCAGCAAGACCGCCUCUGGGAUAUCACCCUAUCAGUAUUCACAGAUCCAAUCGGUAGCGCCCAACAGCACAGGAUCCUCCAUUUUGUCUGAAAGGUCCACCUUCGUGAUGUCUGAUGUCUCCAACUCUGCCAUAGAGAUGGAUUCAGGCAUGCUGGACGAUCCCAGGAGCAGCUCUGAAGAAGACGACGAUGAACUGGGUGACGAGGAUGACCCCAAUUACACCGACCCGUUGUCAGCCGGUGAUUCUGCUAAGCAGCUUCUGUCUGAGGAGGAUAACAAGAUGCUGGAGACUAAAGGGAUACCGUUCAGAAGGUACAUGAACAGGUUCCAAUGUCCCUUCUGCUCUUUCCUCACCAUGCAUCGCAGAAGCAUCUCCCGUCACAUCGAGAACAUACACCUGUCUGGUAAGACUACAGUGUACAAGUGUGAUGAGUGCCCCUUCAUCUGCACCAGCCCUCUCAAGUUGGGCACGCAUAAGCAAAGCCACUCCUCAGACUGGGACACCAUGGACUUGACCAGUGAAAGCCCAGGUCCUCAGAACGAGACUCCAGAACCAGUGAACGGAGGAAAUGUUGCUGCUUCCAAAGUCAAUGGGAAAAAGCUAAACAGUGUGCUGAAGGACUUAAAUCAGCAGAACCCUCACCGCUGUACUCUUUGUAGCUUCUCGACCACCACCUUGAAAGGUCUGAGGGUUCACCAGCAACACAAACACUCCUACUGUGAUGACAUGCAAGCUGUUGUUCUGGAGGGCUCAGCAAAUGAGCAGCAGGACUCUGAAUUAGAAACGCUCUCCAGUUCUCAGAGCUUUGUACAAAAAACUCAGACUUCGAUUCUUGGACUUGGAUCCAAAAAGCACUUAACCGGGAAAACAGCAAGAAAGUCCAUCAACGACCUACCUUUGGAUCUGUCUCCAGUCAAGAAGAGAACUAGGAUUGAUGAAAUCGCCAACAACCUUCAGAGCAAGAUCAGUCAGCAACAGGAGGAUCUGGUGAUUAAUCUGGAAGAAAUGGAUGAUGAAGAGGAAGGAGAGCUCAACAUUGAUGAAGAUGCGGGCAGAGACAACGAGGAGAAUGACAGCGAGAGUAAAAAUCACGGCUACGUUUACAACAAACUUUACGAAGGCCGGGUGGGGAAAAGAAAAAGAGCCCCUACGUCAAAGCUAAGAAACAUUCCCAUUGCGCUGACACACUCUGACGAUGAGGACAACGACUCUGCUGAUCCUAAAGCUGAUCUCCAGGACCAGAGCAGCCAAGACAGCCGGGACACUUCUUUCCAUGAAAUCCAGGACUAUUCAGAGGUCUCUGGGGUGGCACGCUUCUACUGCAAGCACUGUGACUACCACAACAAGUCAGCCCGCAGUGUAAGCACCCACUACCAGAGAAUGCACCCUUAUAUCAAGUUUAGCUUUAGAUACAUCCUCGACCCCGAGGAUCAGAGCGCCGUCUUCCGUUGCCUGGAGUGCUUCAUCGAAUACACCAACUUCAACGAUCUUCACGAUCACUACAUGGAUCACCACCCAGAAGCCAGCAACGUGCUGAACUUCAACCAGCCAGAUCUGGUGUACAUGUGCCGCUUCUGUUCGUACACAAGUCCAAACGUCAGGAGCUUGAUGCCCCAUUACCAAAGAAUGCACCCUGAGGUGAAAAUAAACAACGCUAUGAUCUUCUCGAGCUAUGUGGUGGAACAGCAACACAAGGGUGCAGAAUCUCAAACUCUGAGAGAAAUCUUAAACUCCGGUCCCAAGAGUUUCACAUGUAGCUCCUCCACUUCCACGCCCAAGUCCUCAUCCAGUCCUGCCCUCAAAAGUGUUGCAAAGACGCAAGAUACAACUGCAGAGACGGAGGCCCUGAAAGAGGGUGGUAAUGUUGUGGUGUAUGACUGUGAAGUAUGCUCCUUUGCUAGCCCUAACAUGCACUCUGUUCUAGUUCACUAUCAGAAGAAGCACCCAGAGCAGAAAGCCUCUUAUUUCCGCAUUCAGAAAACCAUGAGGGUUAUCACAGUCGAUAGGCCACCGUCAGCAGGCAACUCUUCAUACAACGUCAACAUACCCACCCCUGUGAAGUCAUCCAGCGCCGCCAUGCCAUUUGGUACGGAUGAGGAGAUAUACUACUGUAAACAUUGUGUUUACAGCAACCGGUCUGUUGUGGGUGUUCUUGUCCAUUAUCAAAAGAGACAUCCAGAAAUAAAAGUGACAGCGAAAUACAUCAAGCAUGCCACUCCCACCCCUGGGUUGAUGAAACUAAUGGAUGAGCUACAGAUUGCACCGCCGAAGCAGUUCCUCAAACAGUUCAACAACAACGGAUUCGAUGGAUCCAGCAAUUCCCACGGUAGGGUUGGCACAGAGAAAGGAGAAGCAGAGAUGCUCUUCUUCUGUCAGCACUGUGACUAUGGGAACCGCACUGUAAAAGGAGUGCUGAUUCACUACCAAAAGAAGCACAGGGACGCAAAGUCCAAUGCUGACCUUGUACGCCGGCACACUGCAGUGGUCCGCAGUCAACGAGAGCGAGCUCAAAUGGGCCAGUCAGGCACUGCAGCCUCUGCCAUUGCUCCUGCUGCUCCUGCUGAGAUAGAGACGUCCUCUGGAGCCCUUCGCUCAUUGAAUUGCAGGCACUGCUCUUAUACAUCUCCAUACGUGUACGCCUUGAAGAAGCACCUGAAGAAGGAUCAUCCUACUGUGAAGGCCACAGCCAUGACCAUUUUACACUGGGCGUACCAAGACGGCAUCCUGGAGGCUGGUUAUCACUGUGAGUGGUGCAUCUACUCCCACACGGAACCCAACGGGCUGCUCUUGCAUUACCAAAGACGCCACCCAGAGCACAACGUUGACUACACAUACAUGGCCAGCAAGCUGUGGGCGGGGCCUGAUACUACCACCUCCCAGCCGGGAGGGAACGCUGGGGACACUAAGCACUACCAAUGCAGAGAUUGUGCCUUCGAGGCUUGUUCCAUCUGGGAUAUCACCAACCACUACCAAGCUGUCCACCCCUGGGCCGUCAAAGGGGAUGAGUCUGUGCUACUGGACAUCAUCAAAGAUCAAAGUUCCCAAGAGACACACCACCCGUCGAUGGCUAAAGGACCACCUUUCACUUUUCUUCCGACUGCGCACGAUGAAGGCCCACAGGAUAUCCCUACGCCACCUCAAGAGCAUCACCAACACCAUCCCAGGCUUUCCCACACAAGCAGCUCUAUCUCAAACAGCCCGUACCAGUGCACUGUAUGUCUGUCUGAGUAUAACAGCCUACAUGGACUUCUGACGCACUAUGGCAAGAAACACCCAGGCAUGAAAGUCAAGGCGGCUGACUUCGCACAGGAAGCUGACAUCAAUCCAAGUUCGGUUUACAAGUGCCGCCACUGUCCGUAUGUGAACUCACGCAUCCAUGGAGUUCUCACUCAUUACCAGAAGAGGCAUCCAUUGGUGAAGGUCACCGCAGAGGACUUCUCAGAUGAUAUAGAGCAGGUUAAAGAUAUAACUGAAGUGGAUGACAAGUGCAAAACCCAAAGACAGGGCUAUGGUGCGUACAGGUGCAAAAUGUGUCCUUACACUCAUGGGACAUUGGAGAAACUGAAAAUUCACUACGAGAAAUAUCACAAUCAGCCAGCUGCAGAUAUGUUCAAGACUCCCCAUGUGCAAUAUUCCAACGUGAAAGACGAGCCGGUGGCUGAAUGCAGUGCCACGAAUCUAUCGUCAGAUGUACAAGAGGUCAGCGAAUUCGAACUCGCUCUCACCCAGUUCCCCAUCAACAAAGGAGAGGCCCAUGCUGUGUUUAGGUGUCAGCUCUGCAAGUACUUCUGCUCGACCAGAAAAGGCAUAGCGCGACACUACCGCAUCAAGCACAACAACGUCAGAGCUCAGCCGGAAGGCAAGAACAAUGUCUUCAAGUGUGCUCUCUGUUCAUACACCAAUCCCAUUCGCAAAGGCCUGGCGGCGCACUACCAGAAGCGUCAUGACAUCGAUGCCUACUACACACAUUGCCUGGCAGCCUCCAAGACGUUGACGGAGAAGCCCAGUAAAGUGGUGGUGCCUGUGGCGUCGGAGGUGGAAGGGUCGGAGCUGAGCGAGGAGCUACGAUUGGCCGUGGAGAGGAGGAAGUGUUCGCUCUGCGCGUUCCAGGCCUUCAGCAGGAAGAGCAUAGUCUCCCACUACAUCAAACGCCAUCCAGGAGUCUUCCCCAAACGGCAACACUCCAGCAAGCUCGGACGCUACUUCACUGUGCUCUACGCCAAAGAACCCGAACCUGUUGAAGAGGUGAACAAAGUGGUGGUUGAACCAAAGCCCGAGCCAGAGGGAGAGGAGGUUGCAGAGUGGCUGCCGUUCAAGUGUCUAAAAUGCUUCCAGCUAUCCUUCAGCACGGUCGAUCUGCUCUCCCUGCACUACAACGACCAUCACAGUGGCAAGGACCUGAAGCGGGACUUCGUCAUCCACCCCAGCAUUGCGGAGGAUGGGACGGAGACAGAGCUCUAUCAGUGUGCCCACUGUGAGCUGAAGUUCCUGGGCCUUCCUCUCCUCAGCACUCAUCUGAUGAACCAUAACGAGGAGUUCCAAAAGCGGGCGAUGAGGCAGGAGAGAAGGAGGCAGCUCCUUAACAAGCAGAAGGCAUCUGAGCCACCGGAGACAAAGACUGAGAAGGUGAGUUGUAGAGUUCAAGACAAAUUGUUUUAGAAUCUCAGUAAAAUAGUAGAUGUGGCCAGAGUAGAAUGAGACAUAAUAACCAAGCGUAUAGGGAGCGUUUAUCUUAGCUCGGCAUUGUUGGAAAAGGAGACGUAAGUAAGCAUUUCACUGUUAGUCUACACCUGUUUUGCUUUGAUUUGUUUUCAGUGUAAUGGCUAAAAUGUUACCCAUAGUAUUGAAUAAUGAAUAUUAAAUGUUUAAGUAUUAUUUUAAGAAAUUACAUCAGCUAUAGAAAAUAUCAUUGCAACUAGUAUUGUGAAAGGCAGCUUGUUUACAAUUUCGAUUGACCACGUUCCCCCCCCCCGUUUUCCCUUUCUUUUAGCUGGUGAACAAUGCUGACAAUGCUCCGAUCGGCUACAGGUGUAACUUCUGUGUGGAGGUCCACCCUACUCUCAGAGCCAUCUGUAACCACCUGAGGAAACACGUCCAGUACGGGGAGGUUAAGGAGGGCCAUGUCAAGGUAAGACCAUCACAUAGCCAAGAGUUUGGUAACAUACGGGUAUCAUACAUACUCUUGACAAGUCUUCCAAUGAAUUAUAACUGCCAUCAUAAUGCAUUCUACCUGCAGCUGCAGGCUCUGAGUAAAGGGUUUUUCAUCUUUAUUCAGUCACUACUCCAUUUAGUCUGUAUAGUUAGUUGGUUUAUUUCAUUUAUUUUCAUAUAAAUAUUGCUCAUAUAAAUGUUAAAUGCAUUAUAUGCAUAUUAUUCAUGUACGUGCAUUAAGAUGAUUAAAUAUAUUCCUACAAAAAGAAGAUUUAUUAUUAUGGGUUUUUUCAUCCCAUAACACAUUUUAGCCAUUUACCUCUCAUUAAAAAAUGACCUCAGCUGAAACUGAAAGGUUACUUCUGAAGCUGCUUUGUAAGUAUUUAAAUUCCCCUAAAACGUAUCUCUAAAAGCCACUGUGUCCCCGUUCUCUUUGGUUCAGAGUCCGUCAUGACUUCUCUCCUAUCCCUCAGAGACCCCACACUGCCGAGGUCUGCUUUUAGGUGGCAGCAGGGUUCUGUUUUCAGUUUUGUUUAUUGCAAUGGAGGCCCCUGGGUAGGCAGUCUGUCAACUCCCCUGGAGAAAACAAGUGAGGUAGUCCUUCCCUCCCGUUGCAGGGCAGGCAGGGGAAAAAGAAGCCAUAACUUUGAGUGCAGCGGGUAACCGCUUGGACAUUAGUAUUCCACUGAGCUUGCCAGGGACUUGGCAAAAGGACGGCAGGCCUGAGGAUUUAACGCCUCACCCAAGACGGAAGCCAAAUUAAGGCCUGGUUGGUUCUGCGGGCCAUGCCACUCCAGGCAGUUGUAAUACUGUAUAUGAAAGAUGGCAAAGGCUGAAGUCCUGUCAGAAAGAGAGCGAGAGAAGCCAUCUCCAUGAUAGCACCAACUAUUAGACCUAGAAAACAAAACAAAACCACUCUGGAAAUUUGCCUGUGGUGGAAAUAUUUUGCAUAUGAAGAGAAAGUCAAUCCGAGAAAUACAGAUGAUAGCAAAUAAUUACACUGCAUAUUUGUUUCAUAUGAACAUUUAGGCUAUUACAUGUUUCUGUACUAGUUUGUACUAGAUUUACAUUUGCCCUGGCCUGUCCCCUAGCUCUCCCAGAGAGUGGGUGAGAAUAGGCUGACGAAGCAAGGCUGGCCAGCUCUGUGGAAGCCCAUCUUAUUUAUGGUCCUAUGAAGUGCGGGGUCAGGUCCUUGAGCAGAAAUAGUGAGCUUCCUGUAGGCCAUAAAAAGCCAGGUUGGUUGUCUGUUGGCCGUCCUGUCUGUGAGAGAGAGAGAGAGUUUGCAAGGGGCACAGGACAGAAAACACUUUGUGCUGCCUUUCCCAGAUCAAGGAAGUGGGACAUACAGACCAGGGCAGGCCGAGGUCGUAUUCAUUUGGCACCAAACGGCAGAAAACGGACUGAAACAGGGAGGGACUAUAUGGACUUGCCCAGUCAGAAAUACUAUUUUCUGUUUCCUGUUGCAAAGCAUUUAAAAACAUUUUCCUUUCAAUGCACUAAUGAAUAAGGCCCAGGCCAAGGUCCUUGGUCGCCUGGUCUCUGUCGGGGCCUCUUCAGGGCUAAUGUCCACAUAAUCAACUACAGUCACAGGAGGGCAACGUUAGUUCUCUAUGGCUAAUAAUGAGGCAGGUCUGUUAUAAAACAGAUCCCACUUUAACUAUCACCAACUGUCAGAUUAAAGAAACCACACAGAAGACCUGGUUAGUGUUAGUGGUAACAGCAGCAGUAAGAAUGUAGUAGUUCAUUAUGUAGACCUUGGAAGUUGGCUCUACUUUCACAGGGUGUUUUAAACGUUGACUAGAAAAACCAAUUAGUGUCUUAAAGCCCUACUUUUACUCCUAAACCAUUUCCUAAUUUACUGUUCUCUACAGUAUGUUUCAUUUACUGUUCUCUACAGUAUGUUUCAUUUACUGUUCUCUACAGUAUGUUUCAUUAACUGUUCUCUACAGCAGGGCUCGGCAACAGGCGGCCCGCGGGCCAAAACCGGCCUGCGAGUGGGUUUUCUUGGCCUGCAAAGUUUUUAGUAAAAAACAUAUUUUUGGUGAAGAAAGACUGUAAAAUCAGCAGGAAUUCAGCUAAAAAUGAGUUUAAUUUAGGAAAUAUGUUCCCAAGUAUUCCCACAAAUAAAAGAGACAUAUGUGAUCGUGUAUCAAUGUAAUCAAGGUUGGAAAUAAUUGUUAUUUUCAAAUACAAUCUCUUUUUGGGCUUAGUUGUGGUCAAUUUGCAGUGUAAAAAUUAUUAUAAAUUAUGUUCCUGCCCCCUGACCAUCCGCUCCGACAAAAAAAGACCUGCGGCUGAAUCUAGUUGCCUAUCCCUUCUCUAUAGUAUGUCCAUGCCAGUAGGGUGGUUAUUCCAUUUGACGUGCAAUCACAGCUAGCAAUAUUGAUUUUAAAUUAAAUUCAGGAAUCAAAUAAUAACAUAUUCAGCCAUGAUGGUAUGACUGACUAGGUUCAAUCUCAAGUUCUCUACGCACCACAAGACUGUGUUAGCCCAGUGAGCCAAAGCCUAGGCCUAAAGCAAGGUUAGUUUGGUACAAUGGCAACAGUUUGGAGUACACUAGUCAGGGCGACAUGUUAACUGCCAAAGCAUAUGGAAAUGAUAAAUAAAUAUAGCUGUUAUAAUGCUGUUCUCUCUCUGUCCUUCACCUCAGCAGGAAGUCACAGAUGUACCAUUGUCCACCAUCCCGGGAGAGAACAGCAUCACCAACGGAGAGGUGGAAGAGGUGACCGACAACUCCAUCAUGGAGACAACCCCCAAGGACAUGACGAUGGAUGCCACAGCGAUGGCCCCGGUGGCUGCUGUUGCCAUGGAAAUGGCAGUUGGAGCAGUUGGAGAGGGGGUUGGGGAAGUGGCGCACAUCGGCCAGCAGGUGAAGGAGAGGCUGGUGGGGGGACACCCGUGCGCUCAGUGCGACCGCGUCUUCAUGUCCAUGCAGGGGCUGAGGUCCCACGAGAGGAGCCACUCAGCCAUGGCCAUGUUCACCAGAGAGGACAAGUACAGCUGCCAGUACUGCCAGUUCGUCUCCCCCUUCAGACACAAGUAAGAGGACAUAAUAUAGACUUAAAGAGAGAAUAUAAAUUAUUGGUUCACUGCUUGUCACACACACACCCACGAAGAGAAAACAGUACAUGUAUGUAUCAGGGGCAUUCUGGGAUUUGGAGUUCAAUGACGUAGGCCCUCUGUAUUGUUUAAGAUUGAGUGUGUUACUGUUAUGAUGAAUAGUGUCCGCUAAUGUCUUGGUGUGUGUGGCUGUGUUCUGUAUGGUGUUUACUCCACAGCAUCUGCCUCCUGAGCUGCGCUUUAUAUCAACGUACUCUCUGGAUGGAAUGUAGCCUAAGUGCCAGUCUGUUUGUGAUUGACAGUGACAGCAAUAGAGAAGGAAAGAGAACUAACAGAUCUGGCACCAGGCUAGAUGGAACACACAUUUCCUCCAAAGCUCACUCCAGUCCAGUCCAGUGAGACACUGCAGACAUAGCAGACAUUUUGAUAGAGUAAUUUGUCUUCUUAUCCAAAGCUGAAAGACUUCAUCUUUGUUGAGCUCCAUUGUGUUAACCCAUUGUACUGCAUGUGCCCUGACCCAGAAAGUAAAUGCGUUCCCAUGCCACCCAAGAGGCUUGGAUGAAAACACACUAAUAUUCCCCAGAUACCUUCUAUGUGGUUUGCAGUCAGACACAAAGAGAUACACUAGGGAUACAGGGACUGUGGUAGAUGGUUUACCCCUACAGCCUCUGCUUAAUAGUCAUUGAAAAUGGUGGUUCUGAAAAAGGAAGUUAGAUGCAAACAGAUUCCCUCUGCUUCCCUGUUGUGAUGUGUUGGAACAUGUGUGUAAACAUUUCUCUCUCUCUCUCUCUCUCUCUCUCUCUCUCUCUCUCUCUCGCUCUCUCGCUCUCUCUCUCGCUCUCUCGCUCUCUCGCUCUCUCGCUCUCUGUCUCCAUCUCCUCAGUCUGGACAGACACGUGCAGUCCCACCAUGGGCACCACAAGCCUUUCAGAUGCAAGCUCUGUCCCUUUAAGUCUGCCUACCUGAGUCGCCUGAAGAGUCACCUACACAAAGCACACGCAGGUAGAAAACAACAACCACAACCUACCUCCCUGAGCUCUCUACGACUACAUGAAACGGACAGUGUUCCAAAUAGAACCCUAUUCCCUAUAGAACCACAUAAAGAAAUACUAUGGUAUAAAUACUGUUUUUGCAGACUUUACUGUAGUAUGCAAAAACACUACAGUGAAUACUGUAUUAUACUGUAGAAUUUACUGUAGUAUACUGUAUUAUACUAUAGUAUUUACAGUUAACUAUAGUAUAAAUACUGCAGUUAAACAAAACUGUAGUAUAUACUACAAUAAUUACUGUAGUGUUUUUGUUCAUUAUAGUAUACUGUAGUAUUUACUGUAGCUUCUUUGCGGACUGUACUAUACUGUAGUAUUUACUGUAGUGUUUUUGCAGACAUUACUGUAGUAUUUACUAUAGUGUUUUUGUUUAAUUAUCUUUGACAUGGAAGUGGAGGCUUUCUCCUUUAGAAAACCUACUGGAGAAAUACUAAAAGAGCACAUUUUUCUGAACGGAUAAUUCAGUGCUUCUGCUCUUUUCUAUAACCUGUAGGGAACACGUUGUAUGGUCUAUACUUGGCAUGUAGCUUUCUCACUUACGGGUGGCACACAUUAUAAUAUGGGGGAGGGGAAUGGGCAGGGUAUAUGCAAAAAAGAUACUGUAGUAUUUACUGUAGUUUUUUAAAAACGUGUUGUGUUUUUGCGGACAUUACUGUAGUAUUUACUACAGUUUUCUUUUUUUUAUAAUACUGUAGUAUUUACUAUAGUAUUCUACAGUAUACUACAACAUUCUAUAGUAAGUACUACACAUGAUCGAGGGAUACUACAGUAGGUAGUAUAGUAUUCUACAGUAUAAUAGUAAGUACUGUAGUAUUCUAUACUGCCCUACCAAGCAAAAGAGCAAUAACUGCACAUUUGGUCAAAAAUGUGUUACUGACAUUUUUGAUACAUUAAAUACAUGCUUUAUCAUGUGGACAAAUAUCCUACCUCCAUUGUGUUGCGUUAUGGAGAGAAUGGGGGGUCAUGUUUGCAGUAACUGCAAAAAUGUACAGUAAAACCAAGGGAAAAAGCACGUAAUUUACUGCCUUUUACCUUGGUAUCACCAAGCUGCAGUGUCUACGGUUUACCUUAUUAUUAUUGAUUCUUCUUUGCUGAUACAAGUAUCAAACUAUAUGAAACUGAUAGCCACAUACAAAUAAAUCUAUGAACACAAGUUUGUUUAAAAAAAAUCAUAAUAGAAACGUAUUCCAGUGGUUGUGCCAAGCAAGAAGGUAGUAACUGCCGUCUAGGGUCAAAGGUCAUGUCAGAGGUCAGGGUCAAUAUGAAUAAAAAAUUACCUCAUAGUAAGACAACAGAUAACCACAUUUUCAGUGAUCUGCCAACUCAUUUGGCUGGACAAUUAAAACUUUAAAGCCAUUUUUACAAGUUACUGCUCUUUUACUUGGUAGGGCAGUAUAGUAAACUGUUGUAUUUUUUCAUGUGGGUAGUACACUACUUCUACAGGGCUCUGGUGAAUCGGAUGACAAUUCAGACGCAACCCAUGUGUACUGUAACAUGGUAUGUUAUUAGCCUGCUGGUCCCAGAUCUGUUCAUGCUGCCAAACAUUACUUAAUAGGAGCUGGCUAAACAACACAAACUGAUCUGGGACCAAGCUAGUGGGUUAUUAUUGUCCACAGCUGUGUAUUGGCCUGUGGCCUAGUCUGAAUGUAUGACUUUACCAGAGCUGUUCGAGGAUACUAAAUCAACACUAAUAUCAGUAUUCCCUUCGAUGUCCCCUAUGGGAAUAUCUUAAAUAUACUCUAAUAUCAUUAUUCCGUUAGAUGUCCCCUAUGGGAAUAUCUGAAACUCAGCCUGUCAUUGAGUGCAGUGAAUAUCUGUCGUACAAGUGGCUGCGGAUUUGCUCUGUGUGUGAUGUAGGUUGGAUAUUUACUCCUAUAGACUGCACAGAUGCAGCCAGUGAGCCAACGCCAGAACAGAGGAAUAGAUAUGAUAGCCAAUCAUCACAAAUGACAAUGCGAGUAGAUAGAUGAACCAUCUAAAAACUAGUCAUGAAUGUUGUCUCAGUUAUGAUUGGAAAAUAACACAUAAAUGAGUCAACAACAAUCAACAAUUGCUUCAGAUAAUCGACUCUGAACCAGAGCCAUUUAGAAUUUGAUUACAUGUUGAAAGUGUUCUGACAUGGUCUGUUGUAGACAGUAUAUUAUACCACAGCAUUGUUGAAUACUAGUUUCUGAUUGGCUGGAAGGGCAUUCUAGAAUGGACAUUAAAACCAGAUAACGGGACAGUUGAAAAAGAUUGGGUUUGGAUUGCUGCCUUGGUGAUGGAUCAUGUGUAUGCUGUGGAAUCCAUAGCUUGUGGCAUGUGAAUGCUGGUUCUCUCGAUAAGGUGCAAAAGUCAUUCAAGGGUAGAGCAGCAGAAAAUGAGUGUCAGCACCCCUCUUUUCAGAUCCGUCGGCAGCCAAAGGCACUGGCUCUGUCAGUCUGGCUGAAAGCUUUUGGACUUACAAUAUAGUAUCAAGCCAAUCGAUUUGCCCUUGAAUGGACUCGGUGUGGUCAUCAUAAAAAGUGUCAAAAAAAGAACAUUGGCAGAAAAGCGGCAGAUUUUCGUGUCUUGAGCGACUCUGAGUCUGAACACUGACUGACGUGUUCAACUCCAUACUAAGUUGGAUAAAGCCGCUCUCAAACGAGUCUCUCUCUGACCAAAGUUUCUGCUACUUUGCCAAAGAGAGAGAGUCAUUUCUUUUACACUAUCAUCAUCGUUUCUGCUACUUUGCCAAAGAGAGAUAGUCCUUUCUUUUACACUAUCAUCAUCGUUUUUUUUACUGUGACUUGGUCUUUAAUGAAGUUAUAUUUAGUGCUAUGUUAUCAUCAAACUGUCAAAUAUUGAUUUGCUCUUUAUUUAUUCUUGACACAUACAGGUGUCUUUGGGACCUUGAGAAUCUCUAACGAUUACAUAAAACCCAUGUUUUAUUAUGAGCCAUUCUGACUCUGGGUUACUUUACUUACUAUUAUUAUUACUAUUAUUAUUAUUAUUAUUAUUAUUUUACAGGCGAGAACACCUAUAAGUGCUUGUCCUGCCCCUUCUCCUCAAUGACUAUCAGCCAGCUGAAGGAGCACUCUCUGAGGGACCAUGGGGAGGCCCUAACCCUCCCCAGGCUUCGUGCUGGCGCUACCACCCAGACCCAGGGCCCCCAGACCAGGCCCCUCAGGCUGGGCUUAGACCCUCACCAGACACCCCUGACCUCUAACCUUGACGGUAAGAGCUCCAUCUGUAUUUCCAAGUAGACUGAGAUGGGAGACUUUUAUUGAUCGUAGAUUGUUUUUGGUUUUAUUUAUUUAACCAGGGAGGUUAUUGAGAUGAACAUCUCUUUUUCAAAUGAGCACUAAUUUCUGAUUAUUCACUGAUAUGCAUCUUAGGGUGUUUUCACAUAUAGUCUUUAAAAUAACCGAUCUCAGUCCCCUUUAAAGUGAGCUGUUGUCUUUGUAUUCACACUGCCCUUGCCUUUGAAUGAGGACUAAAAUUUUUGGCCAGUUCACUUCACUUACACUAUAUACAGUGUGCAAAAGUAUGUGACAUCCUUUAAAUUAGUGGAUUCGGCUAUUUCAGCCACACCCGUUGCUGACAGGUGUAUAAAAUCGAGCACAUGGCCAUGCAAUCUCCAUAGACAAACAUUGACAGUAGAAUGGCCUUACUGAAGAGCUCACUGACUUUCAACGUGGCACCGUCAUAGGAUGCCACUUUUCCAACAAGUCAGUUUGUCAAAUUUCUGCCCUGCUAAAACUGCCCCGGUCAACUAUAAGUGCUGUCAUUGUGAAGUGGAAACGUCUAGGAGAAACAUCGGCUUAGCUGCGAAGUGAUGGGCUACACAAGCUCACAGAACGGGACCGCUGAGUGCUGAAGCGCGUAACGCGUAAAAAUCGUCUGUCCUCGGUUGCAACACUCACUAUCGAGUUCCAAACUGUCUCUGGAAGCAACGUCAGCACAAUAACUGUUUGUCGGGAGUUUCAUGAAAUGGGUUUCCAUGGCCGAGCAGCCUCACACAAGCCUAAGCUCACCAUGCGCAAUGCCAAGCGUCGGCUGGAGUGGUGUAAAGCUCGCCGCCAUUGGACUCUGGAGCAGUGGAAAUGUGUUCUCUGGAGUGAUGAAUCACGCUUCACCAUCUGGCAGUCCGACGGAUGAAUCGGGGUUUGGCGGAUGCCUAGAGAACGCUACCUGCCCGAAUGCAUAGUGCCAAAUGAAAAGUUUGGUGGAGGAGGAAUAAUAGUCUGGGGCUGUUUUUCAUGGUCCGGCCUAGGCCCCUUAGUUCCAGUGAAGGGAAAUCUUAAACAAUACAGCAUACAAUACGUUCUAGACGAUUCUGUGCUUCCAACUUUGUGGCAAAAGUUUGGGGAAGGCCCUUUCCUGUUUCAGCAUGACAAUGCCCCUGUGCACAAAGCGAGGUCCAUACAGAAAUGGUUUGUCGAGAUCGGUGUGGAAGAACUUGACUGGCCUGCACAGAGCCCUGACCUCAACCCCAUUGAACACCUUUGGGAUUAAUUGAAACGCUGACUGCGAGCCAGGCCUAAUCGCCCAACAUCAGUGCCCGACCUCACUAAUGGUCUUGUGGCUGAAUGGAAGCAAGUCCCUGCAGCAAUGUUGCAACAUCUAGUGGAAAUAUUUCCCAGAAGACUGGAGGCUGUUAUAGCAGCAAAGGGGGGACCAACUCCAUAUUAAUGCCCAUGAUUUGGCCAUGUAGUGUAUUUUGUGGUCCGAGUCCUCUUUGCAUUCACAUUGCUAUGUUUAGAAAGGAACCAAGAUAUUUUUCCAACAUUCACUCAAUGCACUCUGGGUUUUUACAAAGUGCAGGAUAAGCCAUUUAAUCAGUGUUAUUGGACAGCUAGAUAUACCUAUUUACAUUUCAAUAGCUAAUAGAUUGCAUUUAGUUAAAAGAUGAGACAUAAUUAUAAUCAGAAGAUAAUUUUAACGUGUAAAUAUUAUGGUUAACAUAAUAAAUAGCAGAAGAAUACUGCAGAUUAAAUAAUGCUGUAAUUGAACAUUUUACACUCAAUGUAGCAGUGGUCACCAACCGUGGUCGAUCUCCAAGGCAUUCCUAGUCGAUUGCCAUUUUAUUUGCGUUCCUAUUUUAUUUGUCUUGCGGUGUUGGCGGUUGGUGCAUUUUUAACCAUUUCAUGUGUCUGAAGGUACAAACUCUGCAUUCCCGGCGGGCCCGGAGAACGAAUCAAGUGCACUAUAGGCCUACCGCUGGCCUAUCGGACGGCUAGGAUUACCAGUAGCGGUGCGUGGGUAAAAUCACUGGGGAAGCCAAGCCCAGGAAAAAAUCCAUAUUACAACCUACAGUUGAAGUCGGAAGUUUACAUGCACCUUAGCCAAAUACAUUUAAACUCAGUUUUUCAUAAUUCCUGAUAUUUAAUCCUAGUAAAAGUUCCCUGUCUUAGGUCAAUUAGGAUCACCACUAUAUUUUAAGAAUGUGAAAUGUCAGAAUAAUAGUAGAGAGAAUUAUUUACUUCAGCUUUUAUUUAUUUCAUCACAUUCCCAGUGGGUCAGAAGUUUACAUACACUCAAUUAGUAUUUGGUAGCAUUGCCUUUAAAUUGUUUAACUUGGGUCAAACGUUUCGGGUAGCCUUCCACAAGCUUCCCACAAUAAGUUGGGUGAAUUUUGGCCCAUUCCUCCUGACAGAGCUGGUGUAACUGAGUCAGGUUUGUAGGCCUCCUUGCUCGCACACGCUUUUUCAUUUCUGCCCACACAUUUUCUAUAGGAUUGAGGUCAGGGCUUUGUGAUGGCCACUCCAAUACCUUGACUUUGUUGUCCUUAAGCCAUUUUGCCACAACUUUGGAAGUAUGCUUGGGGUCAUUAUCCAUUUGGAAGACCCAUUUGCGACCAAGCUUUAACUUCCUGACUGAUGUCUUGAGAUGUUGCUUCAAUGUAUCCACAUAAUUGUCCUUCCUCAUGAUGCCAUCUAUUUUAUGAAGUGCACCAGUCCCUCCUGCAGCAAAGCACCCCCACAGCAUGAUGCUGCCACCCCCAUGCUUCACAGUUGGGAUGGUGUUCUUCGGCUUGCAAGCAUCCCCCCUUUUCCUCCAAACAUAACAAUGGUCAUUAUGGCCAAACAGUUCUAUUUUUGUUUCAUCAGACCAGAGGACAUUUCUCCAAAAAGUACGAUCUUUGUCCCCAUGUGCAGUUGCAAACCGUAGUCUGUCUUUUUUAUGGCGGUUUUGGAGCAGUGGCUUCUUCCUUGCUGAGUGGCCUUUCAGGUUAUGUCGAUAUAGGACUUGUUUUACUGUAGAUAUAGAUACUUUUGUACCUGUUUCCUCCAGCAUCUUCACAAGGUCAUUUGCUGUUGUUCUGGGAUUGAUUUGCACUUUUCGCACCAAAGUACGUUCAUCUCUAGGAGACAGAACGCGUCUCCUUCCUGAGCGGUAUGACGGCUGCGUGGUCCCAUGGUGUUUAUACUUGCGUACUAUUGUUUGUACAGAUGAACGUGGUACCUUCAGGCGUUUGGAAAUUGCUCCCAAGGAUGAACCAGACUUGUGGAGGUCUACAAUUUGUUUUCAGAGGUCUUGGCUGAUUUCUUUUAAUUUUCCCAUGAUGUCAAGCAAAGAGGCACUAAGUUUGAAGGUAGGCCUUGAAAUACAUCCACAGGUACAAUUGACUCAAAUGAUGUCAAUUAGCCUAUCAGAAGCUUCUAAAGCCAUGACAUCAUUUUCUGGAAUUUUCCAAGCUGUUUAAAGGCACAGUCAACUUAGUGUAUGUAAACUUCUGACCUACUGGAAUUGUAAUACAGUGAAUUAUAAUUGAAAUAAUCUGUCUGUAAACAAUAGUUUGAAAAAUUACUUGUGUCAUGCACAAAGUAGAUGUCCUAACCGACUUGCCAAAACUAUAGUUUGUUAACAAGACAUUUGUGGAGUGGUUGAAAAAUGAGUUUUAAUGACUCCAACCUAAGUGUAUGUAAACUUCCGACUUCAACUGUAUAUACAAAACAAUAAUACUUACUACAAAGGCAAUAUUUGGGGUUGGGUGCUGUUGACACAAAUACACAUUUUCAAUUACUACCAGUACAAGCCUCAUUCAUUUCAAAGCUGGAGAGCAUCAGAACUCAGCAGGGCAGCCCAUGUUACCGCUAGGGGAAACACUGGGAUAGGAGCUAAUGCAUGGUCUCCCUCUCAAAUCACAGGAUUCACAUUGUUAGACCUGAUCAAACAGGAUCCACCUUUCUUUUUGUGCCCAUGACUGGUUCCAGAAAGCGUUAAACUAGCGUGUCAGGUGCCUGGCCCUCCAACCGACUGCCCACUCUGUUCUAGAAUGUUCUUGGCAGGUGUCAUCUAGCUGCGGGCACAAUGGAAUUUUCCCUCUAGGUGGAAGUGGAACCCAGAGAGCAGAGCAGAGAAGCACUGUGGAAUGCAACCGCCAUGUCACCGUUGGCUACAGCUGACAAAUGAAGCAUUGAGGGGGACCAGAGCAUAUCAAAUAUAUCUCCCUUACUUACCUUUGUAGGCUGGUUAAACGUUAGAACUAGUAGAUUUUUACAAUUAGUGUUUGAGUUGUCUUAUAGUUAGGUGCAGGGUUUUCCUAUGAAAGUUCUUGACUGUUGCAUAUCUGUGGUCGUCAUGAUACUAGUGUAAACAUAUUCCACUUGGCUGAUCUCCUAAAGUCCCCGGGGACUCUGCUGCUUGCUGCCUGCUUCAUGGUGGUUCAGCACUGUUCAACAGCUCUUGGGCAGAACUAUUGGCUUCUGUUACUACCAUUUAAGAAGACAGAUUACUACUUUCUCAAAGGAUUUUACUGUACCUGCUGUUAUGAAUCAAGUGUGGCUUGUUCGAUUUAUACUAUUUUCUCUACCAUCGCAUGCAUUUGAAAAAGUUAUAGUACGGUCUUUAUUUCUGCCGUCUCCUGCACUCGCUUCAUCUUGCCACACUGCUGAAUGAGCCAUUUUUCACAUGCUGACAUCCUUUUACCGGCACUUGGUUUUAUUUAUUGAUGUGGUGUACUCUGGAAGUAGGACGAGUAGAUGAGGUCGCUCACUGAUAUCAUACACACACUUGUGGGGGGGGGGGGUGACAAUCACAGGCACAGUUCUGGGAUGUUACAGUACACACUAAAAACGAAUGGUUCUAUAUAGUGCCAAAUAAGGGUUAUUUGGCUUGGUACCACAGUGGAUCCCUUUUUGGUGCUAUAUAGAACCUUUUUUUUAAGGUUCUGUAAAGAAACAUGCUCAUACGAUUCUAAAUGGAACCUCUGUUAUCGAACCUUCAUUAAUAAAAGGUCCUAUAUAGCACCAAAAAAGGGUUUUGCGAUGGUUCCAACCCUUUUGGGGGCUAUAUAGAACCCUUUUUAAUAGUUCUUUAUAGAACCUUUAUGGAGGUUGGUUCUAUAAAGAACCUUCCUCAAUCUCAAAGGUCCUUUAUUGAUCCUUUUGAAGAACCAUACAGGGUUUUUAUUCUGGUUAGCCAUAUUGUUAAAAUUCCAUAGGUGCCAUUAUUGUGUUCAUUGACAAGUUGAAUAAGGUGUACUAACUCUGGAACAGCUGGAGGUCGCUGAAGGGAGAAUUGAGAACCACUAAUUUAGUCAACGGUUCUCAAUUGACUCAAGGCCUUACUUGAUUCUUUCAAGACACCGUUACUGGCACUAGUCAUGUAUAAGAUGUUAUGGCAUAACACAACAAAUUCGAUAAACUGGAAUGACACUCUCAUUCACGGUUGCACAAAAACAGCAGUGCGUAAACCACGCCCCAAAAUAUUAUAUUGAGCUACUUCACCUACAUUUUAAUUAGCACUAAAAGAGAAAAUAACCCUUUUGUGAACUGCAAAGAACCAUUGAAGGGCUCAAAGGGUUAUUUGAGUCAUUAUGGUUCCACAUACAACCAUCACUCUUCCCAAAGAACCCUUGAGGAACCCAUUCUUAGUGUGUAGAGCCUUGGUGGGUUUGAAUUCCAUUCUAGAAUCCUUUGGAAUUCUAGAAGUAAAACCCAACACACUCCAGAUCCAUUCUGAUUCUGAAGCCAUGUUUACUUUUAUAGCUGUUUGGGUGAAUCAUCACAGCCUGUUUGAGUUCCUGACAGGGUGUUUUCUCUGUUAAUAACUAUAGAUGAUUGCUACAGUAUAUAAAAGGAAGUUACUGUAACCUUUUGAAAGGCAGUAUUUCUUCAUGAUUUUUAUCCAUGUGGUCCUGUGUGGCUUAGUUUGCAUUAGCGUAGCACUAGCAAUGCCAAGGUUGUGGGUUCAAUUCCCGGAGGGAUCACACACAAAGAAAUCACUAAUUGUACUGUAACUGUGCUGCGAGUCAUUUUGGAUAAAAGUGUCUGCUGAAUGGUAGUGUAUUAUAUCAUAUACAUACUCAGCCCCCCCACUCUCUCUUCCCUCUUUCUAGACGCUGGGUACCUGGAUGAGACGGCGGAUGUACGGCAGCAGCUCAGUCACUAUCAGCUAGCGUCACGUAGUCAUGUGACCUCUCCGCCACAGGGCGCAACCUCCGACACACGUCCAGACGGCAUCCUGACCUGUGAGUUCUGUGAGUUCAGCUCGGGAUACAUGCAGAGCCUGCGCCGCCACUACAGAGACCGACACGGAGGGAAGAAGCUGUUCAAGUGCAAAGAUUGCUCCUUCUUCACCUGCUCCAAGUAAGCAAAUUAAUGUUACUGUGACAACAUAAAAUGGGCUCUUUUUCAAUUAGUCUUUCUUUGAGUCCUCACGUCCUCUUUCCUCCUUCUCAAACCGCACUGGAGGAGAGGAUCCAAGGUCCCUCGCUUCGGACAUUCUCCUCAAAUACAUGUUGAGAAAAAGGAGAGGAGAGUGUACAUGAAGAAAUCAAGGAAAGACGAAUUGUCUUCAGUUUCUUCAUUUUUGGGGAGUUUUAUGAUGGUUGCUUGGCAACUGAUUGUGCUGGUUGUUUUCUCAUGUCCCUUCGGCCUCACUACAUCUGUUUGGUUCCUCUCAGGUCAGCAUUCACCAUGCAUGUGGAAGCAGGACACACCGUGGUUCUUGAGGAGGGUCACAAAGACCUGCGCUGUCCCCUCUGUCUCUACCACACCAAACACAAGAGCAAUAUGAUCGACCACAUCGUCCUGCACAGGGGUAAGCCAUCCAACACAUAGUUUAUCUGCUCACGUAUUGAUAAGACAAUUCAGAGGGAAACAACUCUUAGUGCCAGGUGUAGUGGUCUUAUUGAGCUUAAAGUCACAGCUGUACUAGUCUCGCAGUGCCAGAUAUCACACCGUAUUGUCACACAACAAAGUGAUUAGCUACACUUACUAAGAUACAUUGGAGGCUGCUGAGGGGAGGACGGCUCAUAAUAAUGGCUGGAAUGGAGCGAUUGGAAUGGCAUCAAACACAUGGAAACAUGUGUUUGAUGUAUUUGAUACCAUUCCACUGAUUCCGCCCCAGCCAUUACCACGAGCCCCUCCUCCCCUGGUGCCACCAACCCCCUGUGCUAAGAUAUGACUUCACAGUUGAGAGUGUUAUGAUGUUUACACAAUAGUCAUUCUCUCUUUCUGUCUCUCCCCCCUCCCCCUCCCCCUCACCCCCCUCUCUCACCCUCCCCACAGAGGAGCGCGUGGUACCCCUGGAGGUGUCCCGCUCCAAGCUGUCUCGCCACCUGGCGGGCGUGGUGUUCCGCUGCCACAAGUGCACCUUCACCUGCUCCAGCGACCAGAGCCUGCAGCUGCACAUCACCAAGCACAACGAGAUGAAACCGUACCAGUGCCAGCUGUGCUACUACGACAGCAGGCAGCGCCACCAGCUGGAGGAACACCUCCGAGACGAGCACAAGGUAAGUCAGACUCAGAACUACAACUCCCAGCAUUCAGCCUGUCUGGCUGGCACAUAUGCAAGGGACUUCUUCCUGUCAAUAUGGGAAGUGUGUUGAUUUUAUAUUAUAUCCUUGUUUUCACCCUCCACGAUGAGGUCUGAACGCCAACUCCCAGCAUGCCCUGCCUUGACACAUGCUCUUCCUGUUCAUCUUUUUUAAACUUUGGGGUAGCCUACACACCAAUCUUUAAUUCAAUCUUUAAUUCAGCUGUUUUAGUACAGGUCCUGGGGAAAUUGUAUUUGGCAGGAUGGGUCGGCUUUAAAAGAAAGUAAUCCAAAAUUACCUACUUGCUUUUUAAAAUAGGCAGUUCUCUAAGGAUGUCAUCCUGAGACAAUCACAAGAUCGUGCCAGCUUGUAUCCUCUCAGAGACGGCUUCAAGAGGUCUCAGUGCCUAAUAAGUUCUGAGUUAUUUCAGUACUUUAUCAUAGAAGUUAUUAUAUCAGUGUCUAAUAAGUUCUGAGUUAUUUCAGUACUUUAUCAUAGAAGUUAUUAUAUCAGUGUCUAAUAAGUUCUGAGUUAUUUCAGUACUUUAUCAUAGAAGUUAUUAUAUCGGUGUCUAAUAAGUUCUGAGUUAUUUCAGUACUUUAUCAUAGAAGUUAUUAUAUCGGUGCCUAAUAAGUUCUGAGUUAUUUCAGUACUUUAUCAUAGAAGUUAUUAUAUCUGUGUCUAAUAAGUUCUGAGUUAUUUCAGUACUUUAUCAUAUAAUAAUAAUAAUAAUAUGCCAUUUAGCAGACGCUUUUAUCCAAAGCGACUUACAGUCAUGCGUGCAUACAUUUUUGUGUAUGGGUGGUCCCGGGGAUCGAACCCACUACCUUGGCGUUACAAGCGCCGUGCUCUACCAGCUGAGCUACAGAGGACCACAUCAUAGAAGUUAUUAUAUCGGUGUCUAAUAAGUACUGAGUUAUUUCAGUACUUUAUCAUAGAAGUUAUUAUAUCGGUGUCUAAUAAGUUCUCAGUUAUUUCAGUACUUUAUCAUAGAAGUUAUUAUAUCGGUGUCUAAUAAGUUCUGAGUUAUUUCAGUACUUUAUCAUAGAAGUUAUUAUAUCGGUGUCUAAUAAGUUCUGAGUUAUUUCAGUACUUUAUCAUAGAAGUUAUUAUAUCGGUGUCUAAUAAGUUCUGAGUUAUUUCAGUACUUUAUCAUAGAAGUUAUUAUAUCAGUGUCUAAUAAGUUCUGAGUUAUUUCAGUACUUUAUCAUAGAAGUUAUUAUACCUCCAUCACAUGCAGAUAAAAUGUGCUUAUCGGUAAAAAGGAUCUGAAGUCAUACAAAGUAAAUCAAGCAAGAUGAUUCACAUCCCACACACAUACAUCCUGCUAUGUAUUCUGAGUGCAUAUCACAAAGAAUAGGUUUAAUUUCCCAUAGGCCCUUGCUGAAUGAGUGCAGAUGGCCUUUCAUGAGGUUGAAGUGACAUUAAACUUAAAAGGGCUCAGACGAUACUAGCUGUUUAUCGAGGGAAGACUGAGAAGUUACUGUUCCAUGAGCUCAUUGUUUGUACUAAUAGUCAAUUAGAUAAUUAUUUUCUGACAUGAUACCUGUCAAUCAUGGUUUGUGGCGCUCGUAAAUUGUAGAAAUUGUGCUUCACGUUGAAUCAUGGUUUUAUACAGUACCGCUACAUCACGUUUAAUUCUAUUAAACUCAAUCCAAUAAACUUAAUUCAUCCCAGAGGGAAACAUUUUUCUGAGUUUUACGAGGAGACAAGUAAACAACAACAUGACAGCAGUUAGAACAUACUGAUGAUACCUCUCUUUCUCUUGUUGAUCAGGUGAUCCGUAACUUUGAGUCGAUGGGGCGGGUCAAUCUGGAUCAGCUGGAUGCUUUAAAGGAGACUCACAGUAGUGCCGAGGAGGAAGAGGAGAGAGAGGAGGAUGGAAUGGUCAUGGAAGAAGAGAUGAUGGAGGAUGAAGUGGAGAUGGAAGAGACUAGAGAUGAAGAGCUAGAGGAGGAAGAGGAAGAGGGAGUGGCAGAAAAGCUUGUUCCUAAAGGUAAACAAGA